AUACGCCCUGAGGGUGGUGACAUCCCCUUAGGGAAGGUAAGAUGUGCCCCGCAAGAACCUGUCCUGUCGUAGGGGACCGCGGGAUGCAGAGCUGGCGCACCCGGCUAGAGCGGCGAAGGGACAACGCGACCACGACCGUCUCUGCAGUUCGCGGGGUUGUUAACUCGGUUGGAUCGAAUCUUGUUACGAGUGCGUACAUCGGAGAGAUACUUUUCUGCAUCACCAUCUCAGUUAUCGGCCUUAUUAUUUUCACUCUGCUUGUUGCAAAUAUGCAGACAUAUUGGACAUCUCUGACAACCAGGGUGGAGGAGAUGAGGACAAGCAGAAGAGACACAGAGUACUGGAUGUGGCAUCGUCGACUGCCGAAGGACCUUCGUGAGCGCGUCCGGCGGUAUGAGGCAUUCAAGUGGGCGGCCACAAGGGGCGUGAAUGAGGAGCUGUUGCUCGAGAAAUUGCCGUGGGAUCUGCGGCGAGAUAUCAAAAGGCAUCUGGCUAUUGAUCUUAUUCGGAAGGUCCCCCUGUUUGAGAAGAUGGACAGCAACCUGCAAGAUGCAAUCUGUUUGUGUCUACAGCCAGCUAUGUUCGUGGAAGGCACGGUGAUGAUUCGUGAGGACGACCCAGUACAGUCAAUGCUUUUCAUCAUUAAGGGACGGAUGGAGAGCUCGACGACGAAUGGUGGCCGGACGGGUUUUCUGAAUACCAGACAAUUACGGGCUGGCGAUUUCUGUGGUGAGGAGCUGCUGACGUGGGCACUCGAGCCAAAAAGCCAACAUGACAGCUUGCCAAAGUCCUCCCGGCGAGUGCUCAUUCUGGACGAAGUGGAGGCGUUUUCCCUUGGCGCUGACGACCUCAAGUAUGUUGCCAGUCAGUUCCGCCGUUUGCACUCGAAAGAGAUCCAGCACACCCUACGAUGUUAUUCUCAGCAAUGGCAGACGUGGGCUGCAUGUGCCAUCCAGGCGGCAUGGAGAAGGAAGAAGAUUCGCGAACGGAAGCAUAGGGAAGCGCGAAGGGAAGCGAAACGAGCUGCGGGUAAACUUCUCGACCCAGAGGACGACUCAGACGUAAUCGCGCUGCCGUUGAAUGUCGCCCGGGUUGCAAGAGGGUUGACAUUGACAUCGUCAUCAUCCACCGUUAUGUAUGAUACCGAUCCCGCCGGGCAAUCAAGAGGAAACGUCGGAACCUGCGCAAGCUUAGAGAACAUCGACGAGGAACAACCUCAUAUCGCAGGUCCCCGUAACGUGAAUCCGAAAGGCACGCGAUUGCGGCUCGGGACCGUGGGUGAUGUUGUCAUUCAUACACAGAACUUCCUUCGCGAAGAGGCCUUUGAAAAUCCUUCUCAUUCCGAUAAAAGAAAAGGCACAUCACAAGACAAAAGCAGCAAGCCUAGAGGCCCUGUCACAGCAACUGAAGAGAUGGAAGCUGAGACGGAUGAAGGUCAAGGAGACAACGAAGAGGGAACAGUGGGAGAUGCAGCCAACAAAGGGAAAAAACAGCGAGGGACUAAGGAAGGAGGCAGUAAAGAAGGAGAAGAAAUGAUGAAAGAAGGAGAUGAAACAGACAUUCCGGAAGGAAGAGGAGAACAAGGAGAAGGAGAAGAAAAGGAGGAAGUGGACGAAAGGAAAACAGACGACAACAUGUCGCAAGAAUCUGCAGAGGGAGACUCUCACAUGGGUACGAACCAAGACGCAACAGAUAUAACAGGGGAAGAAGAUCAGGAGGACUCGCUCAAUUGGCUUUCGAAAUAUGUCAAGGGGCUGGAAAGAGAAAGAGAAAUUGAAUUUGAAAUCAGGAUCGCACACAAAAAACAUAUCUUCAAUCUGCAGAACUUCAACCCGACGCAGCAAACGCUGAGCAAUCUGUUCCCCACAGACAACCAAUACGAAAUCCUAGAAAAGGAACAGGAAUUGUCAGACUUUUUUGCUGAACGCUACGGCGCCAAAUUGGAAGAGGUAGCCAACCAAGGGUCUCACACAUCGAACAGUUGGAUCUGGCCCAAAUCUUACAACAAUACAGACUCCCAAAAACCGAGCAAGAGGCGCAAGGGGGGAAGAGGGAAUGCAAAAUCGACCCCAACAGCAAGUUCUCAGGACACAGGGGACGAGGAGGAUGGAGAGAACAGGCCGCUGGAGGAGAAGGAAGACCUUGACAGACAAAAGGAGAUCCUCAAAGCACAAAUCACGGUGCUAAGAGAUCAGAACAGGGAAACAUCCGAUAUGGCAAUCAAUCUGCAAAAGUUGGCAGGGGGACAAAACGCAGAAACAUUCACAGCUGCCAAGCUCGAAGCCAAAAGUGGCUGCAAGAAAAGGGCGAUAAUCCCCUACAGAUGGAACACAAAUCAUGGAGAUUGGGAAGUAGCAAUUAACAAGUCAUGGGUCCUCAUUGCAGUUGCCAAACUGAGCAAAAGGACCCUGACAAACAACAUCUCAGGGGAUGCCCCCAUGAGCGCCCACAUUCUAGGUUCAUGGAAAGAUUGGAGAGAGGAGUGGAUUGACUCAUCAGGAGAUCUGAUGAUCUGUGACCUCAGACCCUACAUGGUACAGUACUCAAUGGAUGCAAAGAUCAAAGAACAUCUCACAUGGAAACCAUGGAAGGUAAUACAAGCAAUUCCCUACGGCCUCCUAGGCGGAGAUAUCCCAGCAGAAAGAGCAGCGGUUGCAGCGUCGCUGGCAGAAGGACAUGGACUCUUCGCAGACAACCAAGAGCACCUGGCUCACACACUGGAGGUGGGGGCCCGAGUAGKUAAAAUCCACAGCACAGAGCCCUUCGGAUCCUCCCCCAACUAAGUCACCACCACAGAGAGAGAUAAGGMUGGGGUCAUAGCCAUCCCUCCAUGACAUCACCUAACCACACAACCCAGGCCACACACCCAGGCCAACUGAGACACUACACCCUUAAACCGAGUGAGCCUGAGUUGACAAUGAUGUCAUGGAAUGUCAAUGGCUUAGCAACAGUCUUAASURAUGAACAAAAAUKGGRCAACAYAACCAACUACCUCAACUGGUUCUCAAGAAGYCCAMCGGACAUAAUAUGCCUACAAGAAACUCACCUAUCCAACUCAAUAGAACAUCAAACAAUGAUCAACAAAAUACAGACAAGAUU